AGCCCUCCUCGAACGCAAGAUAGAUGGUCUCCCCAUUACGGUAGAGGAUUUCGACGCUAUUAUCGGAAGCUAUGCUGUAUUUCCCCCUUUCCCUCUACCCGUCUUCCUUCAUAGAAUCUCCACUGAAAGGAAUGGACGAGAAAGAGCACAACAGACUGGCCUGCCCUAACCUUCGCCGCCGAGCUCAUGGAUACCUACCCCUCGGCCAAGAUAAUUUUAACAGUCAGAGAUGAAGAUUCCUGGCUGGUAUCCAUGAACAGCACGCUCUUCACAACCCCUAAGUCAACCUUCUUUCCCCACUUCACGAGCUAUCAUUUUGGGCCCCAGGAGGAAAGGGGAGAGGAAGAGAAGAGAAGGGGAUUUAGAGGUCAUAAUGAGAAUGUGAAAAGAUGGGCGAAGGAGAGAGGAAGAGACCUGCUUGUGUACGAGGUGAAGGAGGGGUGGGCGCCACUUUGCGCAUUUCUUGGGACGGAGUUGCCUGGGAUGGAGUUCCCGAGGAGUGAUGAUUGGGCGACGAAGGGGUGGAAGAAGGUUGUUGAGCCCAGGGCAGAGACGUGACGUGAAAACGAUGGGCGUGGAAAAUCAUCGAAUGAGAUUAUGAGUCUAUGUCUAUCAGAGAACAGCAUAUGCGCUUGCAUAGCUGACUGAGGAAUCAGAGAUAUCCUCUACCUCGCUGCUCCGCUGGUAUCGGACGAACUUGAAUCGUCCUUUUCCCUCACCUGUCACCUUGCCCUCGCUCUCUAGGACCUCUAUCGCUGCC